AUGCAUUCCAAGUCAAUCACCAACAAGGAGAAUGCGAUGCCCCCUGGAAUAACGAGGAGCGCUUCUCCGGUGAAGCUCGUAAGGCGCAGUCGGCCGAGAGUCGGUGUGAUCUCGACAAGCGCAACGCCUCUGGCAGCUGUUGGCCAAACGACCCAGCUGGGAUCGCCUGUAGCCCGUGGCAGCAACGCCGCGGCCUGUCCUCGACUUUCGCAACUCAUGGCGGGGGAGGACGAAUGCCAGCCAAAUCAUGCCGGCGAGGAGAAAGCCAAGAUGGGAGGUAGCCAGCGUAUGGUGGACAUGUUUUUAAGCAGUCGUCGAAGGCAGAUCACAGGAAGCGACGAGACAGGAGCCUUCCUCUGA